AUGUUCAUGCACACUAUUUGGGAUGUUCGUGGAUGUUCAUUGGAGAUAUCUACAAAUAGUAUUUGGUUUUCUGUUGAAUAUCGUUUGUCACCCGAAUAUAAAUAUCCAAUUUGGUUAAAUGAUUGUAUUGAAGUAACAAAAUAUAUUAUAGAAAAUAAGACAUUGUAUGGAGAAACGUCAACCAAAGUAGGUGUAGCGGGUGAUAGUGCUGGAGGAGCUAUUGCAGCAGUAAUAUGUCAUACAUUAAAGAAUAUCGAUUUUCAGAUACUGGUUUAUCCCUUGACAAAUAUGUUGGCAUCUUUUCCAAGUUCAAAACGAUUUACUGACGUUCAAUAUGGUCUAAUACCGAUACUUAGACAUUGGUUUAACGAUAAUGCAAUUCGAGAUGGUAACGAUAUGAGAGAUGCUCGUGUAUCUGUGAUAUUUCAAUCAUCAUUUACUGGUUUACCGCCGUGUCUUUUUAUCGUUGCUGAACUAGAUCCAUUGCUUGACGAUAAAUAUCAGAAAUUAUUGGAUAAAGCUGGUAUAAAAACAAAACUUGUACUUAUCAAAGGUGUUAUUCAUUCAUUUUUUCAUCUACCAGGAAUUUUUCCAAAAUCGUGUCAACAAGCAGUAGAAGCAAUUCGUGAUUUUGUGGCUCAAGUUUAG